CUACCAGAGUGUUGGCGGAGUUUGGCGUUUGUGGACGCAGAGUAGUGGUGCGUGAAGAUGCCUCGUGGAAGCCGAAGCCGCACUUCCCGCGUUCCCUCUCCGGCCAGCCGGGCCCCCCAGAUGCGAGCUGCGCCCCGGCCAGCACCGAGACCGGCCCCUACGGCCCCGACCCCGGUGGUGGCCCCACCUUCUGCUGUGGGCUCGCCUGCUGCUGCGCCCCGGCAACCUGGUCUGAUGGCGCAGAUGGCCACCACCGCAGCAGGUGUGGCUGUGGGCUCCGCUGUGGGGCACACGCUGGGCCACGCCAUCACAGGUGGCUUCAGUGGAGGCGGCAGCUGCGAGGCCACGAAGCCCGACAUCACUUAUCAGGAGCCUCAGGGGGCCCAGCUGCAGCAGCAGGAGACCGGGGCCCCCUGCUACUUUGAGAUCAAGCAGUUUCUGGAGUGCGCGCAGAACCAGCCUGAUGUGAAGCUCUGCGAAGGUUUCAACGAAGUGCUGAGGCAGUGCAGGAUGGCAAACGGCCUCCUCUGAGCUGGAGGUGGACCCUGAAGAACUGGAAAGUCAACCCAACCAAGUUACUUUAGCAUAAAUAUUACUAAUACAAGAAGUGUAAAACCAUUCAGUUCCACCUCUCCCUGUAGCUUCAGCGCUUCAGAACGGCCAUGGAAGAAGGUGUUCCCACCACACAGGUGGGCUACACUUGGGACAUGUGUGGCCUCCAUAAGCCAGCUGUUUUGAUGUUACUAAUUUGAAUAAAGUGAUUUGUGGUUUUCGUCCAA